GUCGGGGAGGCUGCGAUGACGACGGGAUUCCACAGUGGGACGGGCCGACUCUGCAAAUGGCUACGAGGUGCAAUUUGUCGAUUUCUUCAUCGUUAAUCUCCUCUCCUGCGACUCGGAAGAAAGAGUAUACCCGCUCUGCCUCGCAGGCUGCCUUCAGGUUUCAAUGUCAUAACACUGAGUGACGGUACCAGCGUGGGAUCGUCCAAAACAAACCUCGCCUCAUUGUUUUUAAGAGUUUGACUGAAGUCUGCGAGAAAGAGCUGACGAGUGGUUGAAGACACGACAGUGUUGCACCCGCACUCCUUCACCGGGGCUAUGGAGGAGGAGGGGCAGCAGAGUCUGGAGUGCAUCCAGGCCAAUCAGAUCUUCCCUCGCAAGCCCCCCAUCCUGGAGGAAGAUGAUCUUCAGGUGCCCUUCCCAGAGCUGCAUGGAGAGUUUACGGAGUACGUGGGCAGGGCGGAAGAUGCCGUCAUCGCCAUGUCCAGCUACCGCCUGCACAUCAAGUUUAAAGAGUCGGUUGUUAAUAAUUGUUCGUGUGAGGUGUCAGUUCCCCUGCAGCUGAUAGAAAGUGUAGAAUGUCGGGAAAUGUUUCAACUGCACAUUACCUGCAAAGACUGCAAGGUCGUCAGGUGUCAGUUUUCAACAUUUGAGCAGUGUCAGGAGUGGCUGAAGAGGCUGAGCGCGGUGGUCCGUCCACCGUCCCGGAUAGAGGAGCUGUUUUCUUUCGCCUUCCACGCGUGGUGCGUGGAUCUGUACACAGGAGAGAAGGAGCAGCAUGGAGAUCUGUGUAGGCCAGGUGAUCAUGUGAUGUCACGCUUCCAUAAUGAGGUGGAGCGGAUGGGCUUCGACACUCAGAACGCCUGGAGAGUAUCUGAGAUCAACAACAAGUACAAGUUGUGUUCCAGCUACCCUCAAAUGCUGCUGGUGCCAGCCUGGAUUACUGAUAAGGAGCUGGAGAAUGUGGCGGCUUUCCGCUCCUGGAAGAGGUUUCCGGCCGUGGUUUAUAGGCACCAGAGCACAGGGGCAGUGAUCGCUCGCUGUGGUCAGCCUGAGGUCAGCUGGUGGGGCUGGAGGAAUGCAGAUGAUGAGCACCUGGUGCAGUCCAUCGCCAGAGCCUGUGCCGUGGACAGCAGCACCUGUAAAGGCGUCUCCAAUGGCUCCUUGUCCCGCGAGUACACUAACGGAGCUGACCUCUCAGAUGUGGACUUCGACUCAUCCAUGACUAACAGCUCAGAGGUGGAGACACUGGCCAUCCAACCUCGAAAGCUUCUGAUCCUGGACGCCAGGUCAUACGCUGCUGCCGUAGCCAACAGAGCCAAAGGUGGAGGGUGUGAAUGCCCAGAGUACUACCCAAACUGUGAGGUGGUGUUCAUGGGUAUGGCCAACAUCCAUUCCAUCCGCAAGAGUUUCCAGUCUCUGCGCUUCCUCUGCACCCAAAUGCCCGAUCCAGCCAACUGGCUAUCUGCUCUGGAGAGCACAAAAUGGCUGCAGCAUCUGUCCCUCCUGCUCAAGGCGUCUCUGCUCGUCGUGAACGCCGUGGACCGCGACCACAGGCCCGUAAUGGUGCACUGCUCAGACGGCUGGGAUCGCACCCCUCAGAUAGCGGCGCUGGCCAAACUCCUGCUGGACCCGUACUACCGCACCAUUGAGGGUUUUCAGGUGCUGGUUGAGACCGAGUGGUUGGACUUCGGGCACAAGUUCGCAGACCGCUGUGGUCAUGGAGAGAACGCGGAAGACUUAAACGAGAGAUGUCCUGUCUUCCUGCAGUGGUUAGACUGUGUGCACCAGCUCCAAAGACAAUUCCCAUGUUCCUUUGAGUUCAACGAAGCCUUUCUGGUGAAGCUUGUGCAGCACACAUACUCGUGUCUGUUCGGGACGUUCCUGUGUAACAGCGGGAAGGAGAGAGAAGACAGACACAUCCAGGAAAGAACCUGCUCAGUGUGGUCUCUCCUCAGAGCUGCCAACCGCUCCUUCGGAAACAUGCUGUACUCCUCUCAUUCAGAAACCGUGCUUCAUCCUGUGUGUCACGUACGCAAUCUCUUGUUAUGGACAGCAGUUUACCUACCCAGCUCUUCACCCACAACCCCUUCAGAUGACUCCUGUGCCCCAUACCCCGCACCUGGUGCCAACCCUGAGGACCAGCCCCUGGGCAGGCGUCCUAAAACCCGCUCGUUUGAAAACUUGCCUAGCGCUUGUGAAGUUGGAAACCCUCUGACCUCCAAUCGACGUUCCAGCGACCCCAGUUUGAAUGAGAAAUGGCAGGACCAUCGCAGAUCUCUGGAGCUCAACAUUGGGACAGGGGCUGAAGGUGCUGCAUCUCCAGAUCCAGACGAGAGGGUCAACGGACAGACCGUGGUGGGGAUUAUGGGAACAUUGCCCAGUGGGGGAACAGAGAAUGGGGAGGGGCCUGAGGAUGUCAGAUUGCCAAUGAUGGAGGGGGUUGAUGAGGCAGAGCUGACAGUGGGUGUGGCUAUGGGCCAAAUGGAGAACAUUCUCCAGGAAGCUACAAAAGACGAGUCUGCAUCAGAUAGCCGCAGAGACGCAAAGACAGACCACACUAAGAGUGAUGAUAUCAUUAAGAGUGAUGAUAUUGCACAUUCAGAAGAGAGUAACAGUGCUAUUGAUGAUGCUCAGGAGAGCAAAGCUAAAAGCCUUGGAGAUGGAAGUGUCAAUGGACAUUGUUCAGAAGAUGGUAAUUCUGAAGCGUCUUCUGCUCUUAGCCAGGAUACCUCGGGAAGCCAAGACUCUGAGAAAGUAGCCCUCGAUAAAUGCAUGAUACAAGAACACAAGCCUUGUAGCACGACUAAUUUCCCUCCCAAUGGCCUCAGGACUCUGAGUAACGGCCAUGGAGUCGAGACACCACCAGGACGAGAAGUCCUUGAGCAACGUCUUUCUCUUUUGGAGAGCUCCACAGAGACGCUAACGGAGGACUUGGGCGUUGUGCAGGAGAGUCUGGCACCCUUAAUUAUUCCGCCUCCUCUCAAAGCCCUCGCUGAAUCGUCGUGCCUCAAACAGGGUCUCCGCACAGCAGCCAACCCGCAAGGCGCUCCCAGGACUUUAAACAACACCCCUAAACGGCCGUCUCUCAGUGCCUUUCCGCCCUCCACUGACCUCCUCCACUCUGUGUAUAACGGAGACUCCCCCGACCCUGAGCCCCCCACGCCACGCACAAACGGGGAACGGGCCACGCUAAGCCGACAGGUGUCACUCGCCAGCUGUGGCUCGCUGACCCUUCACGCACGGGGCGCCUGCUCCCACCAUCGCUGCCUGCACUUAGGGUUUCUGGGCCGGCCGAGCUUCAGCCCUCCAGAGCCCCCUUCAGCCCGAAACCAUCUCGACGAUGACGGGUUGACCCUGCACACGGACGCCGUGCAGCAAAGGCUGCGGCAGAUCGAAGCGGGUCACCAGCUGGAGGUGGACGCUCUGAAGAGGCAGGUACAGGAGCUCUGGAGCCGUCUGGAGAGCCAUCAGGCUGCUGGGAUGCUGCGACUCAACGGAGACAUGGGAGAUGAAGUGACCUCAAUCACAGACUCCGACUUCAACCUGGAGCACAACUGUCUGUCCCGCUGCAGCACUGAACUCUUUUCUGAGGCCAGCUGGGAGCAGGUGGACAAGCAGGACACUGAGACUUUGGAUUUGUUGCACCGGUGUAUGGAGAAAGAAUAUAAGGUGACCCGGUGGUACCCGGACCAUCUGGCUGCUCAGUGCUACGGCUGUGAGAGAGGAUUCUGGCUGGCCACUAGAAAGCACCACUGCAGAUCAAAUAAAUGCAGCCUUGGUGAGCAGAAGACACUCCUUUCCAGACCAGUAGUGAAUUGUGGGAAUGUGUUCUGUGCCAGCUGUUGCGAUCAGAAGAUCCCGGUGCCAAGCCAGCAGUUGUUCGAGCCCAGUCGUGUGUGUAGGUCGUGUUUCAGCAACCUGCAGGUUCCCGCGUCGGCUCUGGAGAUGGAGCUGGACAAACCCAUCACGGCCAGCUCCAACUGAUCCUAGACCC